UAGGGUUUCAAAGAUGGCUAAGAAAGUUGCUCCUGUUGAGACAAAACCCAAGCCAGCCAUAGAGAAAAAACCAAAAUCAAAAUCAAAUGAAGCUGUCAAGAUCUCUCAACCACCUCAACAUCCUCCUUACUUGCAGAUGAUAAUAGAAGCAAUCUCCUCAUUAAAAGACAGAAGUGGAUCUAGUCAACCAGCAAUUGCAAAGUUUAUUGAAGAAAAGUAUGUGACUGGACUUCCCCCAAAUUUCAAGAAGAUAAUUUCGAUGCAAUUGAAAAAAUUUGUCAAAUCUGAAAAAUUAGUGAAAGUUAAGAAUUCAUAUAAGAUUUCUGAAACGGAGAAAUCGAAGAAAGUUACUGCUGAUUCUAAAGAAAAGAAGAAAGCCAAAGAGAUUGAGAAAGAAGGGGAUAAGAAGGGAACCGAAAAGGAGAAGCAGAGAUCUAAGAAAAGUGAGAAAGAAGUAGGGGUUUCAAAGAAGAGUGAAGCUGUUGUUGGUGGUGAUAAGAAGAAAUCAAAGAAGAGCGAAGCUGUUGCUGGUGGCGACGAUAAGAAGAAACCGAAGAAGAGUGAAGCUGUUGCUGGUGGUGAUAAGAAGAAGUCUAAGAAGAGUGAAACUGUUGAUGGUGAUGAUAAGAAGAAAUCGAAGAAGAGUGAAAAAGUAGUUGAGGCGAAAAAGAGUGAUGCUGAGAAGAAAUUGAAGGUAGGUGAUAAACUGAAGAGGUUGAGUCAAGUGAAGACCCCAGAGAUCUUGAAGAAGAACAAGAAAAAUGUGGUGCCGGAAAAGAAAGCUAAGAAGUCCCCAGAAAAAGAAGCAAAGAAGAAGGCAGUUGGGGGAAAGAAAGUUAAGGUUUGAUGAUGAAUUGAAUGUUUCGUAGUUUAAAUCUUUGGUUUCUAUGUAUGUAAAUGGAUUUUCUUAUUUAUGUUUAGGAUUUUCUGUUUAGGAUGUUAGGUUGAUGGAUAUUGGGUUAAUGUGGUUUGUUUAAUAGAUUUCUUUGUAUGAAAUCAGUUUGAAUGUGCUAGUUUGAUUUAAUCUCUUCCUUGUUACUUCAA